AUGACCAUCUAUAAUAUCUACAUAUUUGAUCGAAACGGAACUUGCCUUUAUUACGAAUCCUGGAACAGAAAGAAGGAAAGCAACAUGUCCAAGGAAGAGGUGGGUCUACUCUAAGCAAAGGAAUUGUUGAUUUUGAUAAAUGUGUUGUUACACUUUUUAUUUUUCAUCGCGGUAAAGCACUUUUUAAAUUCAAAUGAAAGAAAGGGGUGAGUUUCUUAAGAAACUGUGGUGUUGGAGUACUAUAAAAAAGAUAAUAUGGUUUUAUAAAUUGAGUUUAUAAUGUAAAUUGGCCACCAUGGCUUAUUCACAUUAUUUUACAUUAGGCUUACUUUAAAAACUCUGAUUGGUCAAGAGCAUAAUUACAAUGAUGUGUUAAAUUGAUGUGAUAACCCCUCUUCCAUGUAGUGUUCUCAAACUUUUGCAAACUCAGAAAGGAGUGUCUUCUUUUGCAGAUUAUUUUAAAAAUAUAUAUUUAAAACAAUUUUUGGAUGGGCUUUUCACAUGGUAUCAUGAAUUAUCAAACCUUGUAUCUGUGUUUUUAUAUGUUAGACUUUCUAAAAGUUUGGAAACUUUGUUUGGUUGAGAGCACACAUUCAUCACACCAACAUGACCCAACAUCUGCAAAAGAUAUUGGGUUAUCAUGUUGAGUUCAAAGUCUGCCUACUUUCCAAGCCUCCUGUCUUUGUAGUGUUCUUAAACUUUUGCAAAAUGAGAGAGAAUUGUCUUCUUUUGCAGAUUAUUUAAAAAAUUUAUAACCAAACAAUUACUGAAUGCCUUUUAAUUGAGAUGUGAUAAUACUAAACCUUUUUUGUCAUAUUUUUACAUCAAGGAAUUCAAGCUAAUGUAUGGUAUGUUAUACUCUAUCAAGUCAUUUGUGGCACGAAUGUCACCAUCUGAGUCGUAUCCACAACACAUAUUUUGAUUACAUAUCAUUAGAUGUUAUAUGUAAAGUCUUGGGUGGUGCAGGGAUUUGAGGUAGGGUGAAGCACUCUGAGGGGUCUUGCGACAAUAGUUUGGCUUACACUAAGUACUGCCCAGGCAAGGGAUAGAUUUAAUCAUUUUUGAAACAAAAAUAAAACACACCAUCAACUGCUUCAGUCCAUAACCAUAGAUAAGUGUAAUAAAGAAUCAAGCCUCAUGCUCUGGCAAUUUUUUGUCUCCAUCCUUUUUAUCUGGAACAUAACAGAGUGGAAUCAUUUACAGCAUGUUAAGCUCUCUACCUUUAUUUACCAUACUUGAGAUGAUGGAAUACUUUUGCAGUAGCUUGAAGACAAUUUGAUGCUGUUGAUGAAAGAGACAUUAAUGCUUAAAGUACAAUAAAUGCCACCGUGAAGUGGUAGCAUUUUCUCAAGUCUGAUUCAGACUUUGAUAUACUGAUAUCUUAUACCUUUCCAUGGGUGGAAUCCUUAACUUAUAAACAGAAAAGAUGGCUUUCUAAAUUACCGGACAAGUAAAUACAAGUUACAUUUCUAUGAAACACCAACAGGUCUUAAGUUCAUCUUGAACACAGACUUAAAUGCUGGAAGCAUCAAAGAUGUCCUCUUCAAUAUAUACAGCAAGGUAAGUAUAGCAUUUGUAAUGUAUACAGAGGGUAAUUUUCUAAAGAAUUGUGAUGCUGCGUCAGUGGGAGAGUAUAACAGGUAAUUUGGUAUUAACAACUGAGUUGAAAACAUAAAUUGGCCAUUGUAAAGAGUUUAAAGGCUGAUGUUUCAAGUGUUAGCCCUUCGUCAGAGCAAUUGGAGGAAUUGUGUUUUGUGGCUUUCCAAACUGCCUUGAUGUAGGGAAAGGCUGCAAACAGCCAUAUACUGUUUAGGAUGAUUGGGGAGAUUAAAGUGUCUACUGACUGGUUUGGAUGCGUCCUUGUCAUUUCUUUCUGUUUCUGUUUCUGUCUGUUUCUGUCAUUUAAGCGGGCCGCCACCAUGCCCAACAAAUUUAUCAACAAUCAGCACUACAAAUGGCUGAGAAGGAAAACAUUGACCACAUUCCAUUCACUCUCACAUUUCACCCUCACAACCAUGCUGUUAAAAACUUGAAAUUACUCCAAAACAAUUCAGAGAUUGGUACUAUCUUUUUGCAACCUCCACUAAUUUCAUUCAAAUGUGACAAAAACAUAGGCAACUUUUUGGUCUGAAGUUCAUUUUAAACCAGUGACCAACCUGGAACUCUCAAAUGCGCUCAUACACAAUGCAAAACUUUUCCUUUCAUUCAUAAUGUAGAGAAAAUGUCGGGACCUAAGAGAUCCAUUUAGAUCACUGAUCACUUUACAGGAACCUUUGCCAAUGCCAUUUACUGCAUAACUUUCCCUUAAUGCAAAAAGUUAUAAAACAUGAAGACAACAACACCUUCGGGACGUAGAAAGAAAUGGCAAGAACACGUCCAAACCAGUUGCUAGACACUUUAACCUCCCUAAUUAUUCUAAACAACAUAUGGCAGUUUGCAGCCUUUCCCUACAUCUAGGCAGUUGGGAAAGUGGCAAAACACUUGAACAAAAAAUACAUCUUCCAAAUAGGCACUUUUAGUCCCCAUGGUAUGAACGAGCACUUUUCAUUCAACUAGUUUAUUCUUGUUUUCUCAUUACCAUCUUCCCAACAAUAGCCUAACUCCAUUUUCUGCAUAUAAACCCACACACAACUCAAAUUCCUCUAAUGGCUCCGAUGAAGGGCUAAUGCUCAAAAUGUCAGCCUUUAAACUCUUUAUGGUGGCAAAUUUACAUUUUCAACUUACUUGUUAACACUAAAUUACAUUUGUAAUGUAGUUGUAAAAAAAAUAACAAUGGCUACACCCAGGAGGUGCUUUAUCAAUCAUUUGGUAAUGGCACAAUAAACUUUUCAGUUAUCAUGAGUGUUUUUCUUUUUUUUCAUUUUCAGAUUUAUGUUGAGUAUGUGGUAAAAAAUCCUCUUUGUCAACUUAACGAACCCAUCCAAAGCGAGUUGUUUACCUCCAAGUUGGACUCAUAUAUAAGGAGUUUGACUAUCUUUAAUUGAUAUGAAUGUGUAAUCCAAAAUUAAAAAAAUUGAUUUGAAUUUUAUUGUUCAUUUUCCUUUCUGAAAAAGAACUGUUUAACAUAGAGAAGACAUGGAGAACUUUCCUGGUAGAAAACUUGCUCCCAGGACAGGCUAAAACAUUUGUGCUGUUAUUUUGUUAUGAUCAAUGACUUCAAAAAGAAAAACUAAAGCAAACCAUAAAGUUAUAUUACUUCUGGUGUGAUUUCCCUCUUUUGACAGAUUACUCUAAAAUAUUUUUGGGGCUCAUAGUUUUAUGAGUUUUAGUAGAGGCAAUAAGCAAUUUAUUUUUUUCAUUAGUUCCUAUUCAUUAUUACUUUAUCAAUCUUGCCAUUGGCAAGUAUUAUAUAUUAGUAGUGCCAUUAAAUUGUUAAGUAAGAAUGUAUGAAACAAGGAAUGAAAGACAACUGUAUUAAUCACAAGAUAUCUCAAAUGAUGAUUUAUUAUAAAAUAAAAGCUAUAUUUGCCUAGCUCCGUAAAACAUAUUGACAAGUGAGAAAAUAAAUAAAAUAAUCAAUAUCAGCCU